AAAAAUAAAAUCGUGUGGCCUGCUGCGCGGUUCACGUAUCAGCCGCAUGAAAUUGUUUUUCGCUGUUGCUCUAGUUGAACCUUGGAGGUAUUUCGAACAGCACUCUUCGCCUACCGAGGCGCACGAUCGGAGUUCAGUGCAAAAUUAGAAGUGGUUUAAAAAUAAAAAGUUCUCAAUACCUGUGAUUCAUAAAAUUACAAUAUUUACGUUCAGUGCAGAUUUUAAUUAAUCUUGCAAAAUGUUCAGCGGGAUUGCAGACAAAAACCUUGGAGCCUUCCGAAGCAUCGGAGAGAAGACAGCAUCGCUCUUCGAGCGCAAGAAGAAGGAUGUUGAACAGGUGGCUUCGGAGAAGGCUCAGGACGCCGCCCACGUCGUGGAAGACCAGGUCAAGAAGGCCGGGGAGCUAGUCGGUGGAGCGCAGUCGUCUGCCAAUGACGCGGCGAGCUCAGCCAACGCCGCCAAGAACUCUGCCAUCGAUGCCCUGGACAAGGAGCUGUCGAAGGUGUCCCUGGCGGCUGGAGAGGCGCAGGACGCCGCCAGCCGAGCCGUCGCCGAUGGCAAGAAGGUCGUCGACACAGCUAAAGAUACAAUUGCAACAUCUGUAGAUAAUACUAAAAAAUCAGCAGAGGCAGCAGUCAACGCAGCUAAAGAGACCCUAUCGAGCACAGUAGAUGCCACACAAAAAACCGCACAGAGCGCCCUCGACACCGGCAAAUCGUACGCCACUAGUGCCAAAGAUACCGUUUCAAACACAAUCCAAAGCACUGUAGAUACAACACAAAAGGUAGCCCAAACGGCUGUGGAAACAGGCAAAACUUAUGCUACAGCCGCCAAAGAUACAGUAUCGAACACUGUCCAAAAGACAGUGGAAGGUACUAAAAAUAUUACACAAAGCGCUGUUGAUAAGAGCAAAGCUUGCGCCGCCAGCGCAAAAGAUACGGCCCAGCACACGCUCCAAAGUGCCAUGGACACGUCAAUGAGCUAUGCAUAUUUGGCUUAUGAUAUCGGCAAAUCCUAUGUUGAUAGCGCUAGAGAUACAGUAUCAAAUACUGUAGAUAAUACUAAAAAAACCGCAGAAAGUACGAUCGAAAUCGGGAAAACAUACGUCGAUUCAGCCAAAGAUACUAUUCAGAGUACUGUACAUAGCACUGUAGAUACAACGAAGCACGUUACUCAAUCUGCGUUAGAAAAAGGAAAGGGUUAUGUUGAUAGUGCCAAAGAUACAGUAGCGAGUACGGUAGAUACGACCAAAAAAACAGCAGCGGCCGCGGUAGAGACAGGCGUUUCAUAUGCCGGUGCCGCUAAAGACACAAUUGCAAACACUGUCAGUAGCACAGUAGAUGUGACCAAAAAUGUAGCCGCUUCAGCAGUCGAAAAGGGAUCCUCAAUUGUAGGAAGUGCUAAAGAUACUGUUGCAAAUACUGUUCAUAGCACAGUAGACACAACUAAAAAUGUAGCCGCAUCUGCUGUUGAAAAGGGUUCAGCAUUAGUAGGAAGUGCUAAAGAUACCGUUGCUAGUACUGUAGAUGUAACCAAAACCGUAGCCGCAUCUGCUGUGGAAACAGGCACUUCUUAUUUAGGAAGUGCAAGAGAUAGUGUCGCAAACACAGUUCAUAGUACUGUAGAUGUAACAAAGAAUGCCGCGGCUUCCGCCAUUGAAAAGGGUUCAGCCUUAGUCGGAAGUGCUAAAGAUACCGUUGCCAGUACUGUAGAUGCUUCCAAAAAUGCAGCCGCGUCUGCAGUUCAAACGGGCACUUCGUAUUUAGGAAGUGCUAGAGAUACUGUAGCAAAUACAGUGCAUAGUACAGUAGACGUAACAAAGAAUGUAGCGGCGUCAGCUGUUGAAAAGGGCUCAGCGUUAGUAGGAAGUGCUAAAGAUACCGUUGCCAGUACUGUAGAUGCUUCCAAAAAUGUAGCCGCUUCCGCGAUUGAAACGAGCACUUCGUAUUUAGGAAGUGCUAGAGAUACUGUAGCAAACACAGUCCAUAGUACUGUAGACGUAACAAAGAACGUUGCGGUGUCAGCUGUUGAAAAGGGCUCAGCUUUAGUAGGAAGUGCUAAAGAUACCGUUGCCAGUACUGUAGAUGCUUCCAAAAAUGCAGCAGCGUCUGCAGUUGAAACGGGCACUUCAUAUUUAGGAAGUGCUAGAGAUACUGUAGCUAACACAGUCCAUAGUACUGUAGACGUAACAAAGAAUGUAGCGGCGUCAGCUGUUGAAAAGGGCUCAGCUUUAGUAGGAAGUGCUAAAGAUACCGUUGCGAGUACUGUAGAUGCAUCCAAAAAUGCAACCGCGACUGCGGUUGAAACGGGCACUUCAUAUUUAGGAAGUGCUAGAGAUUCGGCGGCCAAGACAGUUUAUUGUACUGUCGAUGCAACAAAAAAUUUAACAACAUCUGCCGUUGAAAAGGGCACAUCGUAUGUAGGCGCUGCUAAAGAUAGCGUAGCGAGCACAAUUUCUAGUACAGUUGACGCUACUAAAAACGUCACGGCGUCUGCUGUUGAGACCGGUUCCUCGUUUGUAGGCAGUGCCAAAGACACUCUUGCAAAUACUGUAGACGCAACCAAGAAUGCGGCGGCGUCCGCUGUUGAAAAGGGAACGUCUUUAGUAGGAAGUGCUAAAGAUACCGUAGCGAGCACAGUACAAAGCACUGUAGAUACGACUAAGAGCUUUGCCGGUAACGUGGUGGAUAAGGGGUCGUCGCUUGUUGGAAGCGCGAAAGACCUAACAAGCUCGAUUUAUAAUACUGAAAAUACUGAGGUUUCUUCAGAGGACGUAGUAGAAGAUACUAAUGAAAGCAUCCAAAAUGGCGUCUCAUCCGCUUUGAUCCAGACCAAUGGAGUCGCUGCGAGUUUCCACGAUGGAAUUCAAAGCAAAUUCAGCUCUACAAAGGCUACUGAGGCGGCGGAUAGUUGCAAGAAAGUCGCAGAAGAUACGGCUGACACAAUCCACUCGACGGUAGACAGCACAAAGAAGGCGGCAGAGGAGGCCAAAGCGCAGGCAGCGAAGGCCGCAGAAGACGCCAAGGAGAAGGCCCGAAAGGCCGCGGAGGCCGCUGCUGCUGAGGCCAAGAGAGCUGCCAACGUAGCGAUGGAAGAAUCCAAAAAAGCAGCCGAGAAAGCCGCAGCGGACGCCAGCAACGCCGUGAACAGCACCGUCGACAACACGCUGAAGCGAGUGGAGGCCGCCGCCGACGAGGGCAUCAAGAACGCCGGACACGUCGUCGACGCCAAGAUCAAGGACGCCGACAAAUACCUCAGCGGCAAGCGCGACGCGAUGGCAUCGAACCUGUCGACGGCAGUGCACGAUGGCUCCGAGGGUGCCGCCGGACUGCUGAGCAAGGGUCUCGCCGCCUUCCCGAAAUAAAGCAUCCAGCGGGCUCCUGCCACGUGUACCUGCAUUCAAGCUCCGUUCUACUGGAAUCG